AUGGAUACCCUGCCUGGACUGGACAACUUGGUGGCCAACACGGCCUACCUGAAGGCUCAGAAUAUCAAUCGCAAUAAGCUCAGAGAUCAGUGGAUAUCUCUUUCGCUGCCCAAACCAAGGAUGUCCUCCGAUCUCCAGGCUUCAGUGGGGAGGAAUUACGAGUCACUGUGUGAGCAACAGCCCAUUGGGAAGAAGUUGUUUCAGCAGUUUCUCCUGGCCUCUAACUCUCAGUACAUGGUCGCCACUGAGUUCCUGCUGGAGCUUAGUGACUGGAGCUUUGCUGAAAAAGAAGCCAGAGAGAAGGCCAAACAGGGAAUCCUUGCUAAGUUUUUUCAGCCCGGGUCCAGGAGUUUUGUCUCAUACUUUACAGGAGAGGCAGCUGGAAUAUGCAUGGUAUUAUCAAUCCAAAGAUUUGAUGAGGAGAUGUUGGACGAGUUACGAGAAGCCACAAGAGACUUGCUGAGGGACAAACCGUUCGUGGAGUAUCUAGAUAGCCCUUAUUUUUACAAGUUCUUGCAGUGGAAGGAGUACGAGAAGCAGAAAAUCAAUGACAGAUACUUUUAUGAGUUUAGGACUUUGGGAAAAGGUGGUUUUGGUGAGGUGUGUGCAGUGCAGGUCAAACACACAGGCCAGAUGUACGCCUGCAAGAAACUGGAUAAGAGGUGCUUGAAGAAGAAAGGUUGCGAGAGGCUUGCCCUUCUGGAGAAGCGGAUCCUGGAACAGGUCAACAGCCUCUUCAUUGUGAACCUAGCUUAUGCCUACGACAACAAGAACCACCUGUGCCUGGUCAUGGACCUUAUGAAUGGAGGAGACCUACAUUUCCACAUAUACGAACUUGGGGAGCGAGGUAUGUGUGUGGAGCGUGUUGUUUACUACGCCGCCCAGAUAACCACUGGGAUUCUUCACCUGCACACUUUGGACAUAGUGUACCGGGACAUGAAGCCUGAGAACGUGCUUCUGGAUGCCAAAGGACAGUGUCGGCUGUCAGACCUGGGAUUGGCUAUGGAGCUGCCAAAGAACAAAAAGGUUUGCCAGAUGGCUGGUACGACUGGUUACAUGGCCCCUGAGAUCCUAAAGAGGGAGGCCUAUCGCACAUCUGUGGACUGGUGGUCUCUGGGCUGCACCAUCUAUGAGAUGCUGGCUGCUCGUUUGCCUUUUAAAGACUUCAGGGAAAAGGUGCAGAAUUAUGAGGUGACUCGUCGCACUCUUGAGGAUGACUGCAAGUUCAAACACAAAAACUUUAAUGAUUCCUCCAAAGAUCUCAUCAGAUGCUUUCUUAAGAAGAAGUCGGUGCAUCGCCUUGGGUGCCGCAAUGUCAAUGACGAUCCACGGGACCAUGUGUUUUUCAAGAGCAUCAAUUUCCGCCGUCUGGAGGCCGGGCUGGUUGAUCCGCCAUGGGUGCCCAAAUCCAACGUGGUCUACGCGAAGGACACAAAUCCUUUAAUGGAAUCCUCCAUCGUCGAAGACAUUCAGUUUGAGCAAAGGGAUGAGGAAUUCUACAAGAAGUUCAGCACAGGAGCAGUCUCCAUCCAAUGGCAGAAGGAAAUGAUCAACAGUGGUGUGUUUGAUCAUCUGAACGACAAAGAAAAUAACUGUAAUGGCUACAACAACAACGAGUCCAGCAUGUGCAAUAUCUUGUGAGAAUUUGAUCAACUGAGCAUAUUUAUAAAACACAAAUGUCCUUUACUUGUAUUUAUUUAAAAAAUCCAAAGUGCCUGGUUUAAUACCAAAUGAAGUAGCUCAGGUAUAACAGACACUUGCCUUUUUCACAAAUCUGUGUUCUUCUUCCUAAAGAGGAGUUCUUUUGAAGCCACAGCCAAACCUGAUGGGACCUCUGUUGUAUGGGUCAAAUAAAACCACAGUUCUUGUGUUCAUGCCCAGAUGCAAACACACGCUGACAUUGUACUGCUGCUUUAUAAUUUGCGCUCUAUUUUGAUGAGUCAGCAGUGCAUGCAUAGUUUCCAUUACAUCACUCAGCCAUUUUGGCAGGUCCUAAGUGUUUACAUGUGUCUGUAAACAAGCGUUAUAGUGGUUGUUGGUCACUGAAUAGCAGUAGGAUUAUUAUCAGUAUUUGCAGUAAUGUGCCAGAUAUAUUACACGGACAUAAAUUCCAUGAAUGCCUUUUUGCUCAUGUGAGUGGACCGUGUAAUGCAACCUCAGUGAAGUCUCUCCGUUGCAGAAGUUCACCACUAAGAGCCGCUAGACACCCAUCAAGUGGGACUGUUCAUCAUCCCCAUUAUUCUGCCUGUGCUGCUGAGGUAUUUACAAGCACUGCAUGACUUGUUCAGCUUUUA